AUGAGCGAAGAACAAGACCCCCUCAUGGCUGCUUUCCAGAACGCCGAAGGUGCUGAUGGAAAUGCUACCAGCGAGAACAGAGCGUCAGGACGCGAAAAUGACACAGAACCAGCUCGUGUAGAGGUCGACCCUGCACAAGAAGCGCGCAACAAGGCGCUAACAGCAUUCAAAAAGAAGUUGACAGAGCAUAGGCGUUACGAGGACCAGCUUAAGCAACGCCGUCAGGGAAUACGAGACAUGGAGAAGGAGUAUGAGAAAACAGAAAACGAUAUUAAGGCCUUACAAAGUAUCGGGCAGCUCAUUGGUGAAGUUAUGAAGGAGCUUUCCGAAGAAAAGUAUAUUGUCAAGGCUUCGUCCGGUCCACGUUACAUUGUAGGUGUCCGCAACUCAGUUGACCGGUCCAAACUGAAAAAAGGGGUCAGAGUCACGCUGGACAUCACCACACUCACUAUUAUGCGCGUGCUGCCCCGUGAGACGGAUCCAUUAGUGUACAACAUGACUUCUUUUGAACAAGGUGAUCUUACAUUUGAUGGGAUCGGUGGUUUAACAGAGCAGAUCAGAGAGCUGCGUGAAGUGAUAGAGUUGCCAUUGAAGAAUCCAGAAAUAUUUCAAAGGGUUGGCAUCAAGCCUCCUAAAGGUGUUUUGCUUUACGGCCCCCCAGGAACUGGUAAAACUCUUCUUGCGAAGGCCGUUGCUGCCACAAUUGGUGCCAACUUCAUUUUUUCACCAGCUUCAGGUAUUGUGGACAAGUAUAUUGGUGAGUCCGCCCGUAUCAUUCGGGAGAUGUUUGCUUACGCCAAAGAGCAUGAACCCUGCAUAAUUUUCAUGGAUGAAAUUGACGCCAUCGGUGGUAGAAGAUUUAGUGAGGGUACUUCGGCGGAUCGUGAAAUCCAGCGUACAUUAAUGGAGCUUCUGACACAAAUGGAUGGUUUCGAUAACCUGGGCCAAACUAAGAUCAUCAUGGCCACGAACAGACCUGAUACACUAGAUCCCGCUCUACUGAGGCCUGGAAGAUUGGAUCGUAAGAUCGAGAUUAACCUGCCUAAUGAAACAGGCAGAUUUGAGAUUUUCAAAAUUCAUAGCGCUAAAGUGAAGAAGGCAGGCGAGUUCGACUUUGAAGCAGCAGUUAAAAUGAGCGAUGGCUUCAAUGGUGCAGAUAUCAGAAACUGUAUCACAGAAGCUGGCUUCUUCGCUAUUAGAGACGACCGUGACCAUAUUAUUCAGGAUGAUUUGAUGAAAGCCGUGAGGAAAGUGGCUGAAGUCAAGAAACUUGAAGGCAAGAUUGAAUAUCAAAAGCUUUAG